AUGCCGUGUCGAUCGCGAUCGUGUUCCGUCUCGUUGCAGCGGUAUCUCGUAUUGUCUACCGCGAUCUUUGCCGCCGCCGCCGCUGAUGCAGUAGCCGCGUCCGUCGGUGAUCUGGUGCGCGAUGCGCGUUGUUUCGCCAAAUGUUACCGUCAGAUCGCCGCUGAACAGCCCAAAUGUUAUAGCGGUUGUCUGAACGAGCGGUGGAUUAAUAAGCCGGGCGAGUGUCCGGUCGGCGACCUUGACAGCGUCGCCUCGCUGGACCGACCGUGUCUGGAGCAAUGCAAUUCCGACGACUUUUGUCAAGCCGAGUACAAGUGCUGCCGACACAGCUGCGGCAUAACGUGCCAACAGCCCGUUGGCCUAGCCGAACAUCGUCCGGGUCUACCGGACGUGCCGAACGUCGUCGCUGUGUCGGACUACGGUAAGGCGCUGGUGGUCGAGUGGUCAGCGCCGUUCCCGGGCACAUCUGCAGGUCACGUUACGUACGUGGUCCAGGAAAGGCACCACGUGGGCGCCGCGUACGUACCGGAGCGUAUGACCACGUGGGCUAUGGUGACCAGGACCGACAGGACACGUGAACAGUUCCGACAGCUGCACGCGCCAGGACGGUGGUUCCAGUUCCGCGUCGCAGCAAUCAACGAGAACGGCACCAGCGGAUACUCUCCGCCGUCCGACCAGUUUUUUGUUGAGAUCGGACCGCACGUCGAUCCGCCCGGACCGCCUCAAGACCUGAUGGUGUCGUCGUUGAAAUGGACAAACAAGGAUUACCAGCAAUGUGUGCUGUCGUGGAAGCCGCCAGCCGAGUCCGUUUUACCCGUCCGAAAGUACAAAGUGUUCAUCAGCGUACGCGACGGACCACACGUUUACCACAAACGGAAUGUGGUCCCGGCAGUGAGUUAA